UUGACAAGCUUGUCUGGCACUAACAUGGCUGCCGAGAUCAAUAGAAAACUGUCAUAAUACGUUUCGUUCGUAGUUGGUCGGCGUUAUUAGAUUCUUCAAAAUGUUUCGCCGAAACGUUUCUUUGUGAAUAUGUAUAUUCUUUAAACUGUAAGAAAGCUUCUUUAUAUUUUCGUGACAAUGCCGUAAUUUCGAUCGUCGUAAUAAUAGGUGAAAGUGUUCUGAAUAAUUGUUGACCCGUAAGUAGAGGGUGAUUCACAACAAUGUAAUGCGGCAUUAGAAAGAUAACAUGUUUUUUAACGAUUGACGGAUAUCAGAGAUAUUGUAUAAGUUCCUAAUAUUUCGGACGAAUGUUAAUGAAGCAUCUGUCCUGAAUAUUAAUAAGAAAUAAACUUCCAAAUACACUUUAUACAUUUACAUUACUUCUUGUUACACAAGAGAGUGCCUAUUUCUACAAUUGCUCUUGAUAUUUCUGGAUUUUAGUAGGGAAUACAUCAAUAUUAAUCGAGGAAACUAUUGAGUUUCCAUUGCGUGACAUUUUAAUAUGGACUUUUUUGAAUUUAUUUAUGUGUCUGUGAUUACAUUUGUGUACGGUAUAAUAUGUACGCUUGCAUUGGAAUUUUACUUGUUCAUGAAGUAUUUGGAACAAGCGCCUCUAGCAAGCCCACCAGAAAAAUCGAUCCAACAUGGCAAGGCAGAGUUACCUAAGGAAUUACUUGACCAGAUUCAAGAUGAAAAGAACAUUUCUAGUACAAGCAUAUCACGUCAAGCUAUGUGCCAAGGCAAUGAGAACUUGGCGAUAAACUUGACUCUACAGUUUCUGUUCAAUGAACUACGAAAUGCAGAGAGGGUUCGUUUGUGGUUACAUAGAAAAUUAAACAAUGAAUUUAAGGAGCUAUUGACUCAGUCCACAACAGGCAAACUGUUGGACAGUGUAAAGUUGAGAGACUUAAAUCUAGGUACACAGUUCCCCACAAUAAAAGGUUUAGAAGUUGCAGACUCAAAAAUAGAUGCUGAUACGGGCUUGCUAGAGUCAUUGGAUUUAGCUUUAGAUUUGCAUUAUUCUGGUAAUUUUCAACUAUCGAUAGAUGUUAAAAUGUUAUUGGGCAAAACUGCCUAUAUGGCUUUACAAGUGAAAAGGAUCAGUGGUAGAGCCAGACUGCAGUUUACACGUGUUCCAUAUACUCAUUGGUCCUUAAGUUUUUAUUCAGAACCUAUACUCGAAUUAGAGGUACAAUCUCAAUUUCAAGGUCGUCAAUUACAACCACAGAUUAUCUCUUUAAUCACCGGACAGAUUCGAAGAGCUGUGCGUAAAAAGCAUACACUACCUCAUUAUAAACUGCGAUACAAACCAUUCUUCCGCAGACUGAACGAUGAAGCAGUAGAUUUAUCCGAAGUUGCCAAUAUUCAAUUGAUACCAGGCUUUUUGCAAGUAUCAUUAUUCGAAGUGAGCAGAUUGAAUCUUGGACCUAACAUGCUGAAUGCAGAGGACAAGUCGCAAAUUGAAAUUUAUUGUACAUUAAGCGUCGAUUCGACACCGUGGGUGUUUCUUACUCAAUAUACUGGAGUUCCUUAUAUGGUGUUGGAUUUGAUAAUUAGCAAAGUUGGUUCUCAGCAACUCGGCGUAGUAUUUAAGCAAGAAAUUGUGCCAGAGAUAGGGCACGUUUGCGUGCUAGUCGAAACGAUAGUAGGCGGGAGUCCUGCGGCAAUAGCCGAGAUGAGGAAGGGAGAUAUUUUGGUAGCUGUAGAUGGUAAAAAAGUAUCUAGCAUGAACCAGGUAGCCAAACUUGUGAAAAAUGCUGUGCAGAGGCGAUUUAUUAUUAGAGUCGAAAGGAAAUACUCGAAAACCGACUCGGAUAAGCAAAUCAGUAUGAAAGUAGACAGCGAUAAGCUGUCCGUGGAGAAGGCAGGAGACAGAAAAUCACUGAAGACGGAUCUUAUAACGAGCAGAGGAGACACACCGAGCGUAGAAGACAGUAAUAAAAUCAAAUUCGAAAGCCAAAUCAAAUUUUCAGACUUGAAAGAUUCAGAGAACGAAGCUAGUGAGGCAUUGGAGACGAGUAGUAAAUUUUCUAGAAGAAAAAGCAGUGUACACGCUAUAGAGGAGCCAGCUCAUACACCUGAUUCUACACCCUCUAGAAAAAUUUCGACGACUUCGAGUCAAUCGUUAAUGUCCACUACUAGCUCCCAGUUAUGUUACGAUGAUAAUUACAUAACAGAUGUAACAUACUUGUAUUACACUACAAAAGAGAAGGAGUAUGCUUCGUUAAUUAGUUUCGAAGAGACUAGAAACUUUCAAAUUAAUUCAGAAUUACAAUAUUUAAAUAUUGGCGUGUGGGGUCGUGUAAAAGGAGGUGAAUUACCUGCUAAAUUAUUAGGAUACAUUAAUGUCCCUAUGAAAUUAAUUCUAGCACAAUGUUAUACAUCCUCAACUGGUCAUUAUCUCAAAUGCCAUGCUUUACUACCACCCGAUAGUACUUCACUAACAACGGCCCACGUGAAAUUACAAGGCUAUUCUGGUUUUGAUCCGACACUUUGUUACGGUGAUAUUUUGCUAUCUUAUGUGUGGAAGUCCAGUUAUCCAACUCGUCACAUGGCUAGCGAUCCAGGGAAGAAGGAGAGUAUUGAGACUGCCAAAACGCAACCAGCACUAAACGAGGAGAUUAUUGAUAAGAAAAUGCACGAUUUCAUUAGAACACACUUUCACAGAGCAACACACUGUGAUUUUUGUACAAAGAAGAUUUGGUUGAAGGAUGCUGUACAAUGCAGAGAUUGUGGUAUGGUGUGCCACAAGAAAUGCGAGGUUCGCUGUCAAGCGUCAGGAAGUUGCGGGGCGGAAAGUUUAACAAUGGCAUUAGAAACCGACGAAAUAGAGCCUAAUACUCUAAUUGGGGAGCCAGGUCCAGAGAUAUCUCUAACCAGUUGCGAAGAUACUGUACAGGGUGCAACUAUGAUGGCCAUGAAGGCUAGUAUAGCUAACACUCUGUUGGGCCUGAAGAAGGCUGGAAGUACCAGUUGCUUGGCACCACCGGCUUCCGGUACUGGUCUGGCAUCUAGAAGUCUUCCCCCAAGUCCCUGUGCAUCCCGCAAGAACUCAUUGGUCGGAGGCUUGGGCAUAAGUCCAGACCUGUUGGAGGGCGCAGAGCCCAGCGUGGCAGCACCUCUGGUAGCCGGGGAUCUAGACGAUGGUCUUAUGUCCAGGGCUAAAGACACCGGCAAAUUUUUAUAUAAACAUUUUGAGCCACGGGAGCGCGUCGAGAAGAUCAACACCAUGAUGAGUAAGCUGAAAACCGCGCUCGACGCGGAAACUACCUCAAGAUUAGAGCUAACGCAGACCGGGGACAUGGACAGUAUUAAAUUGAUCGCGCAGAGCGAUUUGCGGGUGCAAGCACUGAGCGUGUUACUCCUACACUAUUGCGCCGGGCUGCAGCACGCGCAGGAAGCAUUAGACCGGUCCCAGGUCAGCGAGGACUCUUAACGGAUUCGAGUUCCGCGAGCAGAAACCGGCAAAUAAUCGAUCCGGCAUUUGCGAUUUCAACAUUCCAACCCGAGCGACUCGAAAUCGGUCUAAAUCAGCGAACGUCGAUCAGUUCCGACGAUCAUUUUUAAGUGUUGCACGCCUACGUGCACGCGCAACGCAUACGAUAUACUUUUUUCGAUUGUUCUUUUUUAUAUUGUGCUGCGAUACUCGUGUUCGGUAGUCCCUCGUUCCGUGCGCCUCGGUUUUCGCCAAAGUUUUGUACAAAGUACAGUAGCACAUACAUAUUUAUUUAACCCUUGAGU